UUCUUCUUCUUCUUCUUUUUCAUGUAUAGGUUCGUCAAUAAAAAAUAUUUCUUAAUCAUCUAUUUGAUUAAAUCGUGUAAAUUAAUCUGAAGGAUUUAGUCGUUUGACUGCGUUGGAUUCUGCGUUGGAUCGUGUUCCUGUCUUUUGUGCAUCGGACAAUUGAUGGUUCUUGUAUAAAACAUGUGGAAUUCAGUUAUCUUUAAGACACGAUGAGGAUUACUAUUUGUAAAAUAGCGUUCUUAUGUCUCUUCCUGUUGACUAUGGAUGGUGUGUUUGGUGAUACAGAUGUAGUGUCAGUGAUGGAGGGAGAUUCUGUCUCUCUACACACUGAUGUUACUGAAAUACAGAGAGAGGAGCAGAUUCUGUGGAUGUUUGGACCUAAAGGGACGAGAAUAGCUGAAAUCUAUAAGAACAUCAUUGAUAUGUUUAACAGUAAUGAGAUAUUUGGAGACAGACUGCAGCUGGACAAUCAGACUGGAUCUCUGAUCAUCAGAAACACCAGAAGAACAGACUCUGGACUUUAUAAACUACAGAUCCGCAGCGAUAGAGGAAACUCAGACAAAACAUUCAGUGUUACUGUACACGCUCCUCUGCCUGUUCCUGUCAUCUCCAGUAACUCUUCAAUCUGUUCAUCAUCAUCUAAACGUUCAUCAGGUCAGAAUUGUUCACUGCUGUGUUCAGUGUUGAAUGUGAGUGCUGUGACUCUCUCCUGGUACAAAGGAAACAGUUUAUUGUCCAGCAUCAGUGUGUCUGAUCUCAGCAUCAGUCUCUCUCUACCUCUGGAGGUGGAAUAUCAGGAGAACAACAUCUACAGCUGUGUGAUCAACAAUCCCAUCACAAACCAGACUCAACACAACAUCAACAUCACUCAACUCUGUCACACGUGUCCAGAAACCGGAUCGUUUGUUGCAGCAUUAAUAUCUGCGGUAGUACUGGCUAUGCUAGCAAUUGUGAUGUGCUAUCUUUACAGGAAAUACAGACAAUCAAGACCAAAAGAGAAUUAUUUUGAACCAUCUGCACGUGCAGCUGAGACAGCUCAGUCAGACGACAGCGAGGUAGCUUAUGCCGAAACAACAUUUUUACCUAAUGUACAAAACAAGAAGCAUAAUCAGACAGAAGAGACGAUAUACUCCACCGUCAAUGGACACUGAUCAAACAAGCAGCAGUCUCUCAUUUCACCACAAUGGCUUUGCACGUCUGCAUCUGUCAGCAUCACAACACUUGUGCGUUCUAACAUAAAAGAAAAUAUUUAAAAGAACUUUGGGGUCCAAGCAACAACAACAUUGGGGACCACAUUCACGCUUAUUGUAUAAAAGAAUAUUGUAUAAAAAAUAAAUUUAAAAUAUCCUAAUGUAUCAUAUAUAUAUCAUACAUGAUUGUGAAUAAAUGAUGACCAGCUGAUCAGAUUGUGGCAGAACUAGCAUGU